UGGUCCCAAACAGAACUCAGCCGAUUCUCGUGGUUGUGGGAAGACUGUUCCACACUGGCACCCUAUGAGGCUGAGGCAAGUUUUUCAAACAGCCCCCUGCUCCAACAGAUUCUGAACGGCCGGAGCUACGCAGUUGACAGCCACCUCUUCCCAAACGACGUCGACGUGGCUGCCCUUACUAGGCUGCGUCAUGUAAUGACCUCGCUGACGCAGAACGCUCGUGAAAUCUAUCGCCUCUUGGCAGAAUUCCAACUUCAAGCAAUCGAAGAGGCAGUUCAGCGUCGAAAAACCUCCACCAGGGGCAAGAAAUCGAAGGAAGUUGAGGAACCUGUGGUCCAAGGAAUGCCGUUGGAGGAACUUUACUGGCGAUGUCGCGAUGCUUUUCUCGUUAACAGUGAGGUCACACUUCGAGCACAGUUGACUGAAUUCAAGGAUCAUAAGCUGAGCCCAGACGGCACUGAACUCCUGAAGAUACCAAUGGACAAGGAAAGUCUCAAAGAGGUUUUACAGAAUAAGGAGGCGUUUGGCUGA